AUGGAAAAGAAGUCUUUGGUGAGCCUCCCAGAUGAUCUCAUCCUCGACAUUGUCGAAUACCUCGACACGGCCCGCGACGUCGCCCACGUCGGGGCCCUGAGCCGGCGCACGCAGGGUCUCAUCCACCAGGACGGAUGGCGCACCUUUGUCAAGACCCGGUUCCCGUCCCUCGAUGUGCCUUCUAGUCUAGGCACCUCGUGGGGCAUGCUUGCAGAUCGCGCGACAUACCUGGACAAGUGCUGGGAGAAGCGCGGCUUUUGGAUGAAUGUGCUGUAUGAGAAGAAGCAGCAGCCGGGGAGAUUUCAGCGGAGGGUUAGUGGAAGCCAAUCUGUGCUUUUCCACUCCGUACUCGAUGCUCGUCUCUCAUCGUCACACGAGGAGGAGAUCGUUGCUGCGGGCGUGGGUGAGAACCUCUUGGUACGGGUGAAGCCGGUGGAUAAGCGACAGCCAGAUGUGUGGCACCAACUUCAGGGGCAGGCCCUUGGCUACCGAGCUGGAACUGGUGAUGUGACGGCAGUUUCGGUGGUAGAAGAUGAGGAAACUGCAGGUGUCGUGGUCGGGAGGGCAAACGGAGAUAUCCAAAUCCUCUCAGCCAAGGACAACUUUACAACUCCCUUGAGAAACCUCAAGCCAGCAGACGACACCCUACUCAACCAUGCGUCUGAUCCUAUGAGAAAAUCACCAGGACAACUCGCAGUAUCAUCUUUGCAGUGGCACCCCCAAAGCAACCUCCUGGCGAGUGGCAAAGGCUCUGUCCUCACCCUUCACGACCUAAACACCUCGGAAACAAGCCCCGUGGCGUACCACGACUUUUCCCAAGCAAGUCCCAACGACGAGGCCUCACUUUUACGCAGCGCCAAGUUCAUGAGCAAGGACGUUGUAGCUUGUGCUCUAGGCGGUAGUCGAAAUCCCCUCCGCUGGGGACAACUCACGCCGACGGGGAUACAGUUUAGCAACGCUGCCAGCAACCCAAGGCCACUCGAUGACGCUGCUGCUCUCACAGAGGUGAGACUGGGAGAAAAAACAACGAUCCGGGCCAUUGAACCUGUCAGGGGCGGAGGCAACGAGAAUCUGCUGUUGAGUGCGUGGGAUGACGGGACAUAUAGACUCUUUGAUAUCCGCACACCCUCGGCACAGGACGCCGUCUACCGAGACCGUUUCCAGCCCUACGAGGCCGGCAGUUCCCUCCUCGUCUACGGCACAGAGCGUUUCAUCGCCGGUAGCAACACGGCUCCGGACAUUCGACUCUUUGACUUUCGGUACCCCAAGCCGUACCACCACACAACGGCUCUCCCAUGCUCAGCCCAGUGGCCUUUUCCAAGCCAAAAAGACGACCACAAGAUGUGGAGAUCGGGUUGGGCCCCAGAAUGUCAGCAGUGCCGUCCUGCAGAUGGAACGGCGUGUCCGUGGCAUGGUCUAUCGAGGCGGAACUACUGGAGGCCUGAUGCCACGCUGCACAUUGGGAGUCCGACAUUAGACAGAAUCUACUGCUUAGCCAAGGCGUCAGAUCUAUCAGAGACUGUCUACUGCGGCCUCCGCGGUGCCAUCCUCGAGAUGAACCUCCACCUCACCUCAGACGCAGCCUACGAAGAAGGCUCUCGCACAACACCAGCAGGGUGGCGAAUGGGAAGACCGGGCGGCAAGAUUUCGCUCAUAGAAACGGGCGUGAGCCUCUGCCAGGCAAAGGAGUGGUCCCUCGACAGCCGCGGCGUCCCAGAGCUGAUCGUCCAGCGGCCACAACCCCAAGCACAACAGACGGGAUCGCCGGAUCAGAUGAAGCGGCAUAGACUGGACUCGGCGUUCCAUAGACUACAGGAUUUCCAACAGGCACAAGGAUGA